GUUCAUUCAGUUUCCGCUUUCUCAAUACAGUGUUAAUGUUUGGAAAUAGUGGACUCUAUGGCUAGACGCCGCAAAAAUUUCGUGUUACCUCGAUAAUGUGAGAGUUCUGUUAGUUUUCUUUUAGUGUAUUGAGUUCUACAAAAUCGGUUUAAAUGUACAUGAUGGGGAAUUCUGAUAGCCGCAACUCCGACCACUCACAUAACCGAUUUGAAAGUCGGGGUGUUGGGCUCGAGUUGCAAAGAAAACCAUCUGUUCCUGUACCUCGUCUGCCAAUGCCAGAUGGACAAGAACUGGAAAGAAGAUUUACGAAAGUCCUUACUUCUAUGGAUUUACCUCCGGAUAAAGCUAAAGUACUUAAAGGAUAUGAUGAUGAGCGCAAGUGGGACUUGAUAUGUGAUCAGGAACGAGUUCAUGCUAAGGACCCCCCUCAUGUAUACUUGGAAAAACUUAAAGCUUAUUUGGAUCCUAAAGCUACCAGAAGUUCUAGGCAAGCCAUGUGUAUUGCCAUUCACACCAUGAUUCCAGUUCCAUUCAUUAAACGUAAAAUUUUAGGAGACUCCACAUCAACACAAGUUCUAAGAGAUUUGGAAAUUUCACUUAGGACUAAUCAUAUUGAGUGGGUGCGUGAAUUCCUGAAUGAUCAAAACAAAGGUCUGGAUGUUUUAGUGGACUACUUAUCUUUUUCUCAGGUUGUCAUGAGACGAGAGCAGCUUUUAAAUAAUGAAAAAACCUCCAGCCUUGAUUCGGGAUUAAGUAAAAGCCCAAAGCGCUACUUGAAGCGGUCGAAUACUGUUGGCUCACCACGCAGUUCAAAGUAUAUUAACAAACUUAAUAUGGGUGAAGCAAGGGAUGAUGUUCAUGUGUGCAUAAUGUGCUUACGAGCAAUAAUGAACCAUCAGUAUGGUUUCAACUUGGUGAUAGCUCACACAGAUGCUAUCAACUGCAUUGCUCUUAGUUUAAAUCACAGGAGUUUAAGGACCAAAGCUCUUGUAUUGGAACUAUUGGCAGCAGUGUGUCUAGUCAGUGGUGGCCAUGAUAUUAUUCUUUCAGCAUUUGAUAAUUUCAAAGAAGUCUGUGGUGAACAGCAUAGAUUUGAAACUCUCAUGGAUUAUUUUAAAAAUUAUGAUGAGUUUCACAUAGAUUUUAUGGUUGCUUGUAUGCAGUUCAUCAAUAUUGUUGUACAUUCUGUGGAAAAUAUGAAUUUUCGUGUGCAUUUACAAUAUGAGUGUACAAAUAUCGGUUUGGAUGAUUAUUUGGCAAAACUUCGAAACACUGAGAGUGAUAGACUUGCAGUGCAAGUUCAUGCUUACUUAGAUAACAUGAUAGAUGUAGCCCAGCUUUUAGAAGAUGCUGAAACAAAAACUGAUGCAUUAGAAAAAGUAGCUGAACUUGAAGAAGAUCUUUCUCAAGUCAGUGAAAAGUUGGCAGAGGUGGAAGAGGAAGCUAUGACUAAGACAGUGGAGUUAGAGAAACAGUUGUCAGAAGCUAAUUCUGAAUUAGAAGAGUUACGAGAAUUAGUACAGAAACAAGAAAUGGAGAUGAAUAUGUUGAGGCAGACUAUGACAGAAAAAGAUGAGGAAUCCAGACAGAGGCUGAGCAUGUUGGAUGCUAAGCUAUUAGAACUAGAAACAUUAAAGUCAAUGCCUGGAGGAAGUUCAUCAGAAGGAUCUCCAAUCCGAACCCCUGCCUUAUCUCCUGUUGCACCUCCUCCACCACCACCUCCCCCUCCUCCUCCACUACCCAAUGCACCUGGUGCUCCCCCGCCUCCUCCACCGCCAGGACUAGGACUCUCUCCAAUUGAUGCAAUGACUAUCAAAAAGAAAAUCCAGACCAAAUACAGAUUACCAGUAUUAAAUUGGACACCCUUAAAACCACAGCAGCUCAAAGGAACUAUCUUCAGUGACUUGGAUGAUGAGAAGUUAUACAAUGUUAUUGAUUUCAAUGAAUUUGAAGAUAUUUUCCGAUUAGGACCUUCAGGUGCAUUAGUAGGUGGUGCUGAUGGUACACCUAAAAUGCUCAAAAAGAAUAAAAAACCAGAAACUAUUUCAUUAUUAGAAGCAAAUAGGUUACGUAAUGUUGCAAUAACGAGAAGGAAAAUAGAAUUGUCAAAUGAAGACAUUGUAAAAGCAAUAAAUAGUUUGGAUCUUAAGAAAUUAUCUCUGGAAAUUGUUGAUAUUAUGAUGACAAUAUUGCCUAAUGAAAUUGAGAUCAAAGCAUUCAAAAAUUUCGAAAGGGAAAAACAGGCUGUAAAUCUUUUAUCUGAUGAAGACAAGUUCAUGCUUCAAAUGGUGAAGGUUGAACGUCUAGCUCAGAAACUUCAUAUCAUGAGCUUCAUAGGAAAUUAUUCAGAUAAUAUUCAUCAGUUGCAACCACAAAUUAAUGCAGUCAUUGCAGCUUCAAUGUCUCUUAAAAACUCACACAAAGUUCGCAAAAUUGUUGAAAUUAUUUUGGCACUUGGCAACUACAUGAACAGCAACAAGAGAGGAGCUGUUUAUGGCUUUAAACUACAAAGUCUGGACAUGCUUGUGGACACAAAAUCUGGAGAUAAAAAGACAACUCUGAUGCACUUCCUAGUCAUGACAGUGCAGGAUAAAUUCCCAGACCUUCUGAACUUUGAUUCUGAACUUCGUUUCUUAGACAAGGCAGCUGUAGUUUCGAUGGAGAAUAUAAACACAGACAUUCAUGAGCUGGAGAGGGGAAUGGAGUUGACUAAAAAGGAGGCAGCCUUAAGAAAAGACUCACGAGACUAUCCUCAAAUUCUUAAAGAUUUUCUAGCUAAUGCAGAUGAGAAAUUCAGGAAAUUGCUUGGUGACGUGAAAACUGCACAGGAUUCCUAUAAAAAAGUAGUUGAGUUUUUUGGUGAAAAUCCAAGAAGUAUUUCCCCUGCUCAGUUCUUCUCUCAGAUAGUUAGAUUUGUAGCUAACUUUAAGUCUGCUUUAUUGGAUAAUGAGAAGAGGAGAAAAUUAGAACACGGAUUGAUGGAACCUGAUGAACAACCAGUGAAGAAGAAAGACAAGAAAACUAAUCAGGAGGCUAUGGUAAAUGAAUUGAAACAUCGUAACCGUGAAAGGAAAGAACAGAGAAGGUUACUGAAACAGGAUGAUAUGUAUCAUGGAGCUUUGGAAGAUAUUCUUUUAGAUUUGAAAAAUGAACCCUACCGCCGGGCUGAUGCUCUAAGAAGGAGUCAGAGAAGGAGAGCAGAGAACUUAAUCCAAGCUCAGCACACUGGUCCUGAUGUCUUUUGAGCUUCUCCUUUCUUUGUUAUAUAGUGUAAUUAGCUAGUUUAUUGUUCUUUUUUACACUAAAUAAUUGUGUAUUGUACAUGGGGUCCUAUAUGCCUUGGACUGAAGGAUACCGCAUUGACAAAGGUAUUCAAAGGAUGUGUGUAUGUUAUAAAGUUCAUUGUUGUAGACUUUAUUUCGCAUCAAACUUUGUAUAAACUCAUCACUGAUGUAUUGUAAAUAUUUACCUUGCCUGCUGCAGUAGAUUUCAUGUUUAGUACAUCUGAAAUUCAUUUGUGUGUGCGUGUGUAUGAGGUGAUAAAAAAGAUUCAGUAUUUCAAGUGAUCAAUAGUUUAUUUCAAUACAUACUUUGUCUAGGUUAAUAAUUUGUCUCAUAUUGUACAUAUAUAAUGUGCCUACUUGUAUUCUAAAAAAAUACAAUUUACAACUCAUUUGUUAUCCCUUACAUUCAUGCUUUUGGGCCCCUAGAAUUAUUCAUGUGCUGAAAUGCUUACAUAGAAAUCUGAAGACAUUAUUUUGUCCUUGUCAACAAUUUUUCUUACAUGAUAUCCAACUACCUUUUAGAAUGAGUUGUUUACAUUUCUGAUUGGCUGCUUUACAGUAGCCAUUCUCGCAAGGGAUUCUCAAACUUUUUGGGAUUAAUUGAACUCACUGCUAAACAUUCACGUCAGCUGCAGUGCUGGCUUCAUCACAGAUGUUUUAUUUAUACAUUUAUAUUUGUGUAACAUCUCAAGCUUCUUAGCUGGUACCAGUUUUGUACCCUGAGUGGUACAUGUUAAGUUUUUUUUUUUUUUAAGGCAAUGUUCACGUCAUUGAUAGUUGAGAGGACUACUCUAUUCAAAAUGAGUCAUGUGUUGCAGUAUGUAAAUAAUGGCAAUCAAAGAAACUUAGACCCUUUCUCUUUAUUGAAGAAUUUUGUUGUAUGUUAGAUUGUGUUUCCUUGUAUUGUAUGUUGAUCUGCUCAUAAGAAUAAAGGGGCACAAAAUGUUUUAUUUACAACCUCAACACCAAAUUUACCUUUCAAAUAAGGAAUGUACACAUAAAUAGAAGGAUCUCCUUGAAACAAAAAAAUGUAUUUAUUGUGUUAUAUGACCAAAUAAGUGACUGCUGCUUUCGGGUAAUGUCCUUACCACAUUUUUAACAAAUUGUCUUCAAGAGCUUAAAACACUGGUUAUUUCAUUUUUUUUUAUUUACUGUUUUUGCAUGUUUUGUACGCUUGCCAUUUUUCUAAUUUAUUAUUAGCUUAUUGCAAUUUUGUAAAUAUAUAUAUAUAUACAUAAACUUAGAAGAGAAACGAUAUGUCUGUGGGUGGGGCGGUAUAUAACUUGUGUAAGUUAUGGUCUUCUGAAUCCAUUGUUAACUAAAAGUUGAAUGGUAUCUUUGUGGUGGGAAUGUAUAUUAUGUGUGCCAAAAGUUACUUGUACUUUGAUUUUCUGAUACCAACUCUUUUUUUUCUCUAUCAAUACCCAUAACAAAAAAGUUUAUGAAUUGUAAAUAUACGAGUCCUAUAAUUCUGAUCAAAUAAUUCUUGAUGCUGAGCUGUACAUUAAGGGAUAUUGUACUAUAUUUCUUUCAUCUUGUGUAUUAUAUUUCUUUCAUCUUGUCUGUCUGUAAUGUGCGCUUUUGUUUGUACCUAUUUCCCUAGUCAUAAUUUUUUAUGUAUUUUCUUUUUAGCAGAAUCUGUGUGCAAUGUUUUCUUAAGAAAGCUUUUUUCUUUUUAAGCCAAUAUUUGUUUAUUUGUUGUUCUUAUAAGUAAACUGUGGUAGUAUUGUUAUUAUAAGGUUUCUUUUGGAACAUGUUUCCAAUAUUUAAAUCUAAGAAUUAAUUAGCAUUAUUCAUUCUAGAAAAGCUUGUCCUUAACGUUAGUGAAAUUAAUGUUUAAUUUUUUAUUAUAAUUGUUUUUUUACUAAGUUUGAGGCAUUACAAUUAUUUCUUACUGGCAUCAUGUAAAGGAAAAUUUCUGACUAAAUUCUGUUUUUUUCUGUUUUUAACAUUUUUUCAAAGUGUGAAUGAAAAAAUAUUUUUAUUUAUUCAAAAUACUUGGAGCAUUUGUUGAAAACUGUUGAAGCAAAGAUAGGGCAGAAAAUAACAAAGAUGAGUACACUAGUGCAGGGCAGAAGAUAUCAAAGAUAAGUACACUAGGGUAGAUAAAAAUGAUAAUUUAAUAGUUCUUUAGAAAUUUAAAGCUCCUUCAAUAAUUGACUGGUUUUGUCUGACUCUUAUCACUUUCCUUAAAGUAAAACAAUUUAAUGGUUGAGUCAAACUGUUACAAACAUUAGUUGACUUCUUUAUCUUAUGUUAAUCUUAUUUCAUUACUAUUAAGGAUAAAAGCAAAAAAUGUCAAAAUUCUUUUCAUACCAAAAGAAAAAGCAGUCCUAUUUAAUAACUCAACUAGAUCUAUAAUUAUAAGUGAUGCCAACUACUUUUUUUCACUGAAGUAAAAAAUUUUUAACAUAACAAAUUCAGUAUUUGCUCUAUUUCCCUUGUGUGUCAGGUCAGGUUUUUUUUUUUUGUUGUUGUUGUUGAUAAUUGAGUUCUGACUAUAUAUUUCUUAACGUCACUUGUAAUCUCCUUAACUUGAAUUUCAGAAUGAUAUCUUUCACAAUGUGCUUCCUAUUUUAAACAAAAUAAUGAAUGGUUUCUGAUUGACAAUGUGUCUGAACUUGUGUAUGUCAGGAGAUAGGAAAUCAAAUCUAUUUUCUAAGCAGCUAAUUCAUUAUAAUAUACUUGCACAGUAGCACUGCUUGAUAAAACAAGUCAUUAGAUGAAUAAAGUGAAUCUUGUGAAGAAAAACACAAAAAUAGGCUUGUGAAUUAUCAGGAGAUUGAACAAUAGCAGAGAAAGAGAAACAGAAAUUAACAGAUGACUUGUGGUACCCUAAUGAUUCAAUAGAUUAGGGAAUAGCUGAACUUGAUUCAAAGCAAGUAUUUUUCAAAAGGUAAUAGACUAUUCAAACAAACAAGAGCUUACCAUCUUCAUCAAGUGACUAGUUUUAUCAAGCCCUCUCACACUUUUAAAGGGUUAUACCAAUCAGGCUCAUUAUCCACAUAUUCUAAAUACAACUAUAUAUUAUAUGAAAGCAGAGUAACUGUUGUAUGUCUGCUCAUGAACCUAUGUAUAGGUCACAUAUACAGCUCUUAUAUUGACUGGUUAAGCUCGCCUAUUACAUGAUUUUAGUAUUGUGUUGGUCCUGAUGUUGGAGUAGCUAAUUGAUUUUUACAUCAUUAGAAAUUGUUAUUAACACACACUGUGUUGCUCAUUGUCAUUCGAACAGUGCUCAUUGCCAUUGCAAAUGUACCUUGAAAGUGAUAGUGCCAAGUUAUAAACUCUAGUGCUAACAUAUAACACAUUACUAGAUAAGUGCAUUUUGGAAAGCUCUUGCUAGGAAAUAUUAAUUAAAAAAAACUUUUUCUCUUUUUAUUGAAGUUUUUUUUCUUGGAGUGGGGGGGGGGGGGG